UUUGGAGUUUACGUUCGGGGGGGUCAAAGGGGAUUCCCCUUAUCUGACCCGCGAUCGCUCGACCAUCGACGUGUCACGUUACAUACUGCGCAUUGCAUCAGUACCGUGAAACUUUUCAAACGAGGCCUGUGAAUUUUGGUAAUUUCGUCCUUCGGUCGUUCUAAUAGGGAAAAAUCAGAGAGUAAACCAUGGCUGAAUCUGAUGAAGACGAUGUUCUGUUCUCGACGUCCCGGUCCGGCCAGCAAACCAGGGGGCUUCUGGGUAAUGGCGUCAAGAACAUAGACGACAUCAUGAAUGGUCCCAAGGAAGACAGACGACUGAAGAAGACCCUGGCACUCUGCGCUGCGUUCCUAGGAGCGGGCCUGGCCAUUGCCGUUCUGGGGCCUACACUGACAUCGCUCAAGGAACAGCUGGCCGUCACCUACCCCAAGAUCUCCUACGUCUUCGUGGGCCGCAGCGUUGGCUACCUAGCGGGGUCUGUAGUGGGAGGGGUCAUGUUUGAGUGGUUCCACCCCUCCCUGCUGAUGGCCGUCGCGCUGCUGGCGUCCGGGAUCGGGCUGAUCGCGGCGCCGUUCUGCAGCGCCCUCUGGAGUCUGGCCACUCUCCUCUCGAUGGUGGGGCUGGCCAUGGGAGCUCUCGACACAGGUGCCAAUGUGGUUUGUCUGCGGCUCUGGGGUAAGCGGUCGUCCCCCUUCCUUCAAGCCCUACAUUUCUGCUUUGCAGUGGGUGCAUUUUUGGCCCCCCUCCUCGCUGCCCCAUUCAUUGCGACGGCAGCCGGUACCACAGCAAUGCUGCCCGCAUCCAAUACAACGCUUGCUACAACCCAAGCUCAAUUUCUGACAUCCUAUACCACAACAGUGGCGCCCACAUCCAAUACAAUGCUUGUUACAACCCACACUAAAUUUACAACACAGCUGGAACCCAAAGCGGAACCCGAAGCAGAACCCGAAGCAGAACCCGAAGCAAAACCCGAAGCAGAACCCAAAACGGAACCCGAAGCAGAACCCGAAGCGGAACCCGAAGCGGAACCCGAAGCGGAACCCGAUGCGGAACCCGAAGCGGAACCCGAAGCGGAACCGGAAGGGGAACCCGCAGCGGAACCCGCAGCGGAACCGGAAGCGGAACCCGCAGCGGAACCCGCAGCGGAACCCGCAGCGGAACCCGCAGCGGAACCCGCAGCGGAACCCGCAGCGGAACCCGCAGCGGAACCAAAAGCGGAACCAAAAGCGGAACCAAAAGCGGAACCAAAAGCGGAACCAAAAGCGGAACCAAAAGCGGAACCAAAAGCGGAACCAAAAGCGGAACCAAAAGCGGAACCAAAAGCGGAACCAAAAGCGGAACCAAAAGCGGAACCAAAAGCGGAACCAAAAGCGGAACCAAAAGCGGAACCAAAAGCGGAACCAAAAGCGGAACCAAAAGCGGAACCAAAAGCGGAACCAAAAGCGGAACCAAAAGCGGAACCAAAAGCGGAACCAAAAGCGGAACCAAAUGGCAAUAGGAGGAGAAAACGAGAGCAACAAACUAAUCCAGAGGGGAAGGCAGAGUCGACACCAGAAGCAGAAUACACACCGGAUACUACACCAGAACCAGAACCAGACGCGAUUGUAGUUUCUAAAGGUGAACCUGUGCCUUCAGGCCAGUUUCGAAAUGUUUACAUCAUCAUCGGCGUCGUCAACAUGCUGGUGUCCGGGACUUUCUUCUACUUCUUCUGCACGUCUCCGGUCAAGCCCCCACCGCCGACUUCCGGACAGGCCAGUGACGGGCAGACUAAGAACAAGGACUUCAAGGUCACCGUUCUGGUCCUGAUGUUCUUUUUCUACUUCCUGUACGUCGGGGCGGAGGUCAGCUUCGGUGGCUACAUCUUCACCUUCGCCACGCAGUGCAGUCUGGAAUUCGACGAGGCUGCCGCGUCCUUGUUGAACGCUGCCUUCUGGGGAGCCUUCGCCACGGGCCGGGGGCUGUCCAUCUGCCUUGCCAGCGUGGUUUCACCGCUGGUCAUGCUGAUCCUUGACAUGGCGGGAUGCCUGCUGUCUUCAGCCGUCUUGUCCUGGUACGGGGACACCAGCGGCACAGUGCUGUGGAUCGGAACGAUGGUGCUAGGCCUGUCCAUGGCGUCCCUGUUCCCAGCCGGCAUCUCCUGGUUGGAGUCCUACUACAAGGUGACCGGGAGCAUGGCCACUAUCCUCGUCGUGGGCUCGGCCUUCGGCGAGAUGGUCUUCCCCAUGCUGAUCGGGCUGAUGCUGCGUCAACCGGACGGCGAUGGCGAGAUCCUGAACUCUGGCUUCCUGCAGACGGGCCCCAUCGGCCUGAUGUACUUCAUGCUCGCAACAUCGGGCCUGACUGGGAUCAUCUUCGCCGUCAUGCAGUACCUGGCUAUGCAGCACGGGGUGAAGCAGACGUCGCCGGGGAUGUCCAACCCGGCCCAAGACAUCAAGGAAGGAGUGCAUGAAGCCAUCGAUAUGAAGGAUCUCUUCCCUAAGGGAAAUGCCAAGCAGAGCACCAAGAUCAUGGUCCCCAAACCUCUACGCGCCAAGAAACAUAACGAGUGAACGUGACGCAAUUAUUAGUUACAAGUUGGGGUGUAUCGGCUCAAGGGUCAAUUUCGUCACCGUUUUCACGAACUGACACGCGGGCACUUUGCGCGCGCGCACCUCGUGAAGUUGCGAGUUGUGCGUAUGAUUGUUUACACGAACUGACACGCAAGCACUGUGGUGGAAAUAAAAAUCACAGAAAAUGCUUCCGCGCGAUUUUACUCAAUCCAAGUACUUGUGCGGUUAUAGAAAUCAUUCAACUUAUGAAUCUGUUAACCGGUGAAACGCAAUCUCGACUUUAAUACAGAUGCUUAGCUAAUUAGAAAUUUGCAAUAGAUAAGUCCGGUUUCAGUUCGUGAAAACAAAAAUAACGACUCUAGAUAGACUUUAAGUGUCAGUUCACAAAAAGCAAUAUUGCACAGUACUAACGGUGCACGCGUAACCAAAAAAAACGCGGGAACAUUCGGGUGUCAGUUCGUGGAGUCGGUGACAAAUUUAAGGGGGCGGUUUGGUUGGCUUGUCCCUCCCCUCCCACCGGAGAAUCCAGGGGAAUGAGGGGGGAGGUGACGGGGUCAUGGCCCCCUCAACAUCUGUCACUUUUUUAAUAAAAUCAGAAGAGGAGGGACGAUCCCUUCUUUUUUUUUAAAUUGAUGCUUCUCAACCCUUUUCCUUCUACGGAUUUGUGAAAUUUUAAUUGAAAAAAAACCAAAGAAAUGGGGGAAAAAGAGCAAAAAAGCACCCGUCGUGUGUCAAAUGAAAUCAACUCCCACCUCCUCCCCACUUUCCCUGUCUGAAAUAUUUUCAUACAAUGUUGUCAAUCGUUUUAUCGCUUGAGGGCCUCACACAUAGUUUGAACGCAAGAGGUAGUUAUGGCAGCAUCAUGUGUCCAUUUGUUGUAUUCAUAUUGUUUUUCACAUGAUGUGCAGAGAGCAAUUUUAAGGCUCUGCUAACCACAGAAUUCCGUUUUUCAUUGUAAGCUUUUUUGUACAGGAGCACGCAAAAUCUGAGUUUAGCAAAAUUUAGUGUACAAAAAUUCCAUAGGGUUGUCUAAGGGGCGUGGCUAACUCGCAAGCGGCAAGGCCAACUCGCAAGCGGCAAUACGUCAGUGGACCAAUCCGGUAAGCUCCGCCCAGUGCGCACAUGGGCAAAUUAACACGUGCGCAUUAAAUUCCGCGCACAUCAUACGCGCGUGCACGUAUGUCGGACUUUAGUGCACGCACGUUGGUCAUAAAUCACGGCUGUGAUUGGUCAGAACACCAUGGGGCGAUGCCUACUGGAUCGGUCCAUUCGGCCCUGAGCUGAUGAGCUUGUCAUUGCAUAAAAUAAAAUGUGCUAACAAAAAUCAAGAACAGAGAAAAAUUCUAACAUGUCUAAGGCAGCUUAUUAUUCAGACUACAUGUAUUAUAGCAAAUUGAUCUGCAAUGUAUUAUGUUUUACUCAGAAAUUUUUUUUUCCCAGUUAUCUGAUCUUUGAUUUAUCUAUAUCUAGGUUUAACAGAGAAAAGUGAAAGCCAAGUUAGUAUUCUCGAUUUUUGUGUAAAUAUCUAUGAUAUGGCCUUUGUAUAUAUCAGUGAUUUUGCCCAUAUGGUGUGAUUUGGCAUGGGUCAAUGAUUGUGGCUCCUGGCAGUGAUUUAUUGGCCCGUGGAUCAGUGAUUUGAUGAUCUGAGCAAGUGAUUUGGCUGAAGUCGGUGAUUUUGCCCACAUGUCAUUCAUGUUGCCUGUUUGUGAUCUGGCAUAGAUCAGUGAUUUGAUUCAGUCAGUGAUUUGAAAGUGAUUUUGCCCAUUUAUGUAAUUGAUGCAGCCUAUAUAUAGUUGGCUUAAUAUGCCAUUGAGUUUACCCAUAACAUUCGUUAUUUUGGCCUUGGCAUUAGCCAGUGGUUUGGCCUGUAAUGGCCAUUUGGCAUAAGUCGGUGAUUUGGCCUGUGUCAGCCAUUCGGCAUAAACCAGUCAGUGACUUAAUUGGCCUGUGCCAGCUAAUUUGUUCAAGUUGAAGAUUUAUGACCUGUGUCGGCCAUUUGGCCCAUACCAAUGAUUUCGCCUAUGCCAUUGAGUUUUACCCAUGACACAGUCAUUUGGCCUUAGCAUUAGCUAGUAAUUUGGCCUGUGUCGGCCAUUUGUCCUAUAUCGGUGAUUUGGCCUGCGUCAGCCAUUUGGCCCAUAUCAGUGAUUUGGCCGGCGUUGGCCAUUUUGCCCAUAACAGUGAUUUGGCCUGCGUCAGCCAUUUUGCCCCUAUCCGUGAUUUGGCCUGUGUCAGCCAUUUUGCCCAUAUCAGUGAUUUGGCCUGUGUCUGUCAAUGACAAAAAAAGCGAAUACAUGUACAUGUACAUUAUAUAUCUGUUGCAACGGCCAUUUUCUAACAUAAACAAAAACCACACAGCAUAGUUUGUACAUAACCAGUACCAUUACUUCUUUUAAAAAAAAAUAUUAUGAAAGAAAAAGCAAAGAGUUAAUUAAGCAGACUAAUACGGUAGUCACAAUUAGUGCUUGUUAUGAUGCUGGGAAAUUAUUUUGGUGCUCAUCUUUAUAUGUAACAAUUACGCCACUCAAUUCAGUACGCACACAUGUGAAAUUUGAUGUCGCAUGAAAUCUGGUGUCAUAUGAAAUUUGGUGUCAUAUGAAAUUUGGUGUCAUAUGAAAUCUUGACUCUUAUGAAAUCUGGACUCUCAUGAAAUCUGGUCUCUGUUACCUCAUGUGGAUGCUCACCCUCACAAGUGGGCUAUCACUGUUAUUAUGUUCACGCAAAGACAUGUAUGCGUAAUACAACCAACAAGGCCAUAUUUCAUAGAUUCCAAAUUUCACAUUACACCGGGUCGUGUGUUAAGAUAUAUCCAAUGGAAACUCAAAAGAAAUUGAAUCAUGCCAGCUAUAAAUAGUGCUAGGAUUUAAAUCUGGGUUUUUAAAAAAAUUUAAAUCUGGUUUGAAUUGGGGUCUACCCGAUGUUCCCCAACCCUAACCCUAAUCCUAAAGAUUUCGGGGAACAUUGGUAUUGGGGAACACAGGUAUUGGGGAACAUCGGGUAGACCCCUUGAAUAAUUUCCUAAUAAAAGUCUACUAAUUGUUUGUCACAGGCUGGAGAAACAACUGGAACAUUCAACAAUUUGCUCCAUGGUCUCUGAUUGUAACUGCAUUCACUUGCUAGUGGUCUUCUUGGUAUAUGAAUAGCCUGUCCAAUCAACUUAUCAUAGAAUUCCCAUCUAUUUUUUUUUUACAUUUGUACAGCUCUGGAGUGUUUUUGUAAAGGCCCAGUGGGCAUUGAAUCCUGCAAACUAUACCCAGUCAUUGGGAGGACAUUGCAUGUGGCACCUCACUCGUCACUUUUUGUUGACAUGACUGUGAGCUGGAUGAGAACUUCCAGUGAAAUCAGAUAACCGUUAUUCAGUUUGAAAAAAGUUAGGAUAACCGGAUUUUGAAAUCUCUGAUUUCUCUCACCACUACCAACUCAUGGCAGAGGGGAUAAG